UAGAGAGAGAGAAAGAGAGAGAGAGAGGGGGAGCAGGAGAGAUAUUCUAUGGAAACUCUGUUUUUGCUUCCAAAUCGAAUCCGCCAAAGCUUCGUUAUUUUCGAUUUGAUUGCUUUUGCGUAUAGUUAUUAGGGUUCUAAGCUCUUCGGGAAAAAGUUCCCCCAAACACUUCAAAAAUUUCCCUUUUUUGGGAUUCUCAAUGGAUUUGUUUCAAACUAAAUCGGGUCUGUCUUCGGGUUUUACUAAAUCCUCAGUUACGGACGACUCGAUUCCGCUUCAAAUGGAAGCCGGCUUUCGCUACUCUGUCUCCCCCGUUCCGUUACAGUUGAUCGAUGAAAAAUUCGACGGUGUCCGUCGGUUAGAUAACGGCAAACGCAAAAAUCGGAUCGAAGAUGACGAAGAAAUUAGGAUUUGGGGGCGGUCCAUGUGUGUGAAAAGACAAAGGGAUCCUAUACCUGGUCUAAGUCUUUGUAAACAGUUUGCCCCCGAUCCCAGCCUGGACCAAAGACGAGCCGCGGUCAGGUCAUGGGGGAAUCAACGGUUAGAAGAGGCGGAUCCUGAAUUGAGUAAAAUCAUGGACAAGGAAAGACAAAGGCAAUACUUAGGAAUUGAACUUAUUGCUUCAGAGAACUUUGUAUGUCGAUCUGUGAUGGAAGCUUUGGGAAGCCAUUUAACAAACAAGUACUCUGAAGGAAUGCCUGGAGCGAGGUACUAUACGGGCAAUCAUUAUAUUGAUAAAAUCGAAACCUUAUGUCAAGAACGUGCAUUAGCAGCUUUUGAUCUUGAUUCCGAGAAAUGGGGAGUCAAUGUGCAGCCUUAUUCAUGUACUUCGGCUAAUUUUGCUGUUUAUACUGGACUUUUAUUGCCUGGUGAUCGAAUCAUGGGAUUGGAUUCGGCAUCUGGAGGGCAUAUGAGCCAUGGAUGUUAUAUGCCGAGUGGGAAGAAAGUAUCUGCUGCUUCGAUAUUUUUUGAGAGUUUUCCUUACAAGGUGAAUCCACAAACAGGGUUCAUUGACUAUAAUAAGCUUGAAGAAAAGGCGCUUGAUUUUCGGCCCAAGAUUCUCAUUUGUGGUGGCAGUUCGUAUCCUAGGGAGUGGGAUUAUGCAAGGUUCAGGCAAAUUGCUGAUAGAUGUGGAGCUGUGUUGAUGUGUGAUAUGGCUCAUAUUAGUGGUCUAGUGGCAGCUAAGCAUGUUCACCCCUGUCCAUUACAGGAAUGUGCCAGUCCAUUUGACUUCUGUGAUAUUGUUACUUCAACAACUCACAAAAGUCUAAGAGGCCCAAGGGGAGGUAUAAUCUUUUAUAGGAAGGUUUCAAAAUCAAUAAAACAAGGCAUGUGUCUCAGUAAUGGUUAUUCUGCUGACCCACUUGAUUUUGAGGAAAAGAUAAAUUUUGCUGUUUAUGCAUCAUUACAAGGGGGCCCUCAUAAUAAUCACAUUGCUGGUCUUGCCAUAGCAUUGAAGCAAGUGGCUACACCAGAGUUCAAAGCGUAUAUGCAACAAGUGAAGAAAAAUGCUCAGGCUUUGGCAUCUGCUCUGCUGAGGAAAAAAUGCAAGUUGGUUACGGGGGGCACUGACAACCACUUGUUGUUGUGGGAUCUCACUACACUGGGUUUAACAGGCAAAUGCUAUGAGAAAGUUUGUGAGAUGUGCCACAUCACUUUGAAUAAAACUGCUAUAUUUGGUGACAAUGGUGCUAUUUCUCCUGGAGGAGUGAGAAUUGGUACACCUGCUAUGACAUCAAGAGGUUGUUUAGAGUCUGAUUUUGAGACAAUUGCCGACUUCCUCUACACAGCAGCUGAGAUCACUAGUUCAGUGCAGAGGGAUCAUGGAAAAUCGCAGAAAGAGUUUCUUAAGGGCCUUCACAAUAAUAAAGAUGUUUUCGAUCUCCGUAUUCGUGUUGAGACAUUUGCCGCCCAGUUUGCAAUGCCUGGAUAUGAUUCUUGAAGAUUUAUAAGAUGGCAUUUCCUCACCUUUUAUGGUAAUCAAAAUUUAUUUUUACACAUCCAUGUGUCCCCCCAUUGAACUUGUGUGUAAAAUAAAUAAACCAGGUCAAACAGUUCUGCAUAUGCUUACAAAAAAAAAAACAUUCUGUAAAAA